UUGUCCAUUAAUACAACACCUAUGUCAUUAUUAAUUUAAAAAUUGUAUUUUUCUAUAUUAUGGUUACAAUAUCAAAUAAACAAUGCAAAAUAUAUAUACUAAGAUAUUAGUAUUUUUCGUGUUACAAGUACGUUAAAUACAAUAUUAAUCAUAUGAUAGCGAAGAACGUGUAUCAUAUUUUAUAAAAUCCAAUAAUUUUCAAUUUGGUAUAAGUUGAUAAGAUUUUUCAAUCUAGUGUUUAUUGUUUGUGAGAUAAUGUUCAAAGAAAAAAAUCUUGGGUGGAGUCAAUAUGGAGUGGAUAUUUAAUUAAAAUUAAAUAAAAUCAUGUAUAUUUAGAUAUGUAUUAGAAUGGAUGGCUUAUUUUAAUAUUAUGGAUUGAGUGUAUUAUUACUAAACAAAACAAACCAUAUAUAUUUCUGAAAAUAUUAAAACAAAUGAACUAAAAAUAUCCAUGAAUCUAUGGAAGUUGAAUUGAAUUGAAUAGCUUUAGAUUAUUUAGUCAGCAUAGCAUUUAUGUAAAGUUGGAAAAAAAAUAUAAAUAAUCAAUACCUAUGUGUUAUAUAAGGGCCUCUCUGCACAAACUCUACCAAUUAAUUAAUUAUAUCAACUGAUAUUGCAAUCUGCAAAAUAAAAUUGCGACCUAUGGAGAAAUCAACUUUUCUUUUUGCGGUGAUUUCGUUUGGUCUCCUCUUUGCUUGUGUCAUUGAAGCUACUGAGAAGAAUUUUCAGGAUGAGACCAGCCAGUCACCAUCACAACGUCUUGUUUUUAGAAUGUUACCCAAAAAUGUUCCUAUUCCGCCAUCAGGACCUAGUACUCCUCCACUUAAGGCAGUUAUAGACGGCGUAACACCGUCUCCAUGGUCACCAUCACAACACCUUGUUUUUAAAAUGUUACCAAAAGUUGUUCCUUUUCCGCCAUGGGGACCUAGUACUCCUCCACAUAAGGCAGCCAUAGGCGGCAUAAUGCGGUCUCCAUGGUCACCAUCACAACGUCUUAUUUUUAGAAUGUUACCAAAAAAUGUUCCUAUUCCACCAUCGGGACCUAGUACUCAUCCACUUAAGACAGCUAUAGGUGGCGUAACACCGUCUUCAUGGUCACCAUCACAACGCCUUGUUUUUAGAAUGUUACCAAAAAAUGUUCCAAUUCCGCCAUCAGGACCUAGUACUCCUCUAUCGCGAACAAGAACCGUGUAAUAAUCAUUUCAUCAUGUGAACUCUUUCUUCUAAUACAAAAUAUACAUAUAUAUUCGGAAUAAUUCAGAUUAUGUAUGCCAAAGUCCAAAUAAAAAAACUAUGUAAGCUUUAAGAUUUGAUAUAUGAGAUCUGAUGA